GUUUUCUAGUAUUUUCUUUAGUUAAUGUCUCUCGUACGCAUUUUUGUUCAAUUUUUUCCCCUUUCUUUUCAGUGUGUAAGUUGCUAUGCUAUUGAUGUAAAUGAUGUAAACAUGUCUCUUCAGAUGUAGUUGUUUCCUGCCUGUAUUUUGUGCGACACCGUGUUUACACUUUUGCUAUAUAUUCCCUCCCUGGCGUCUCUCUCUUUAAAAAACAAGAACCCUUUUGCUUAAAUGUGAUAUCAAUUCUCAACUAAAAAAGAAUAUCCGCCUUUUCUCAUUAGUCUUGGUAUAUGCCUAUGCUCAAAUUAUUCAAAGAUACCUGGUCAGGCGCAAUAUUACUUACGGGUUACUUCUUGAUAAACCAUUUUGUUGGGCCACUCGCAUCCUAUCCAGGGGAAAAAUGAGUUGAUUGGGAAGCUGAAGGAUUGUGUGUUGAGGCAUGCUUCUGAGCUUGAGAGGCUCAAAGGAACUUUGGAAGCGGAGAAAAAAGCUAUGUUGUCUGAGAAGAAUGCUCUUAAGGAAGAGUGUCGACAAAAAGAAAAUGAAAACAAGAAAGCCUUGGAUUGUGUGUCGUGGCAUGUUUCUGAGCUUGAGAGGGUCAAAGGAACUUUGGAAGCAGAGAAAAAAGCUUAUGGAAUCUGAGAAGGAUGCUCUUAAGGAAGAGUAUCGACAAAAAGAAAAUGAAAACAAGAAAGCCUUGGAAUCUGCAUCAGCCUUGUUUGUUGAGCAGAAGAGAUUGAUGAAGAAAAAGAUGAAGGAAAAGAUGAACAAAGAGAUGGAUGGAGGUUGGAAUUGUUUACGUGAUACUCUUGCCACAAUUACUGAGAUGACUAAGGCGCACGCUGCAAGGCCUCGAACUGCUCCUGCUCCUCUGCUACUAGAUUGCUUGAGAUAAUGGAUCCAUUGACCCAGACGGCGCAAAUUCAAUGUGUUUUACUCCAUUGUCCUCACGCAGAACCUCAUUUUCCAAUGUCAAGCCUUGCAUUAUAUGUCAUUGACUGGGAAUGAGUUUUGCCUUUACUUCUCAGAACUUUCAUAGUAGAAUAAUGAAUGCAGAUGGGUUCCAUCGAUAGAGUAGUAUGCAGGUUUCUUUAAUGGAGUAAGGGCCCACAUUUGUUUUGGUUUCGUUUUGCUUUGAAUGCUUUUCGUUUUAAACUGCUUUAGUCCCGAAGUAAUUAUCUAAUUUGAGAUGUGUG